GCUUUGAAUACAAGCCCACAUGGAGAGAGGUCAGACCCACACCGCGGCACCCUCCUAUUUGGCGUGGUCCAUCUUAAACACUUUAUGCUGCUGCCUGCCGCUUGGAAUUGCAGCUAUUGUCUUCUCCUCCAAGGUACAAAAUGCUAACGCCACUGGGAACUCGGUGGCUGCUGCCGAUGCAUCAAAGACAGCCAAGAUCCUCAAUAUCCUGGCGCUGGUGUGUGGAUUGAUUUGUAUCUCCAUUUUUAUUGCUGUCAAAGUCAUUGAAGGCCAACAAUAUUAGUAAAGGAAGGCAUUAUGUGGUAUUAUCUUUUGUUACUAUGGACUUUUGUCUCUGAAACACU